UUAACGAGCACGCAUGCGUACAUGGGGGACAAUAAGACACCAUUUUGGGUACACAAACGAUGCAAGAGAAUAUUUAGUUUUUUUGUGAUCAGAAAUUUAUUAGAUCGGUUAAGCCAGGAACCAGAUUAGUCCAGAGGUUAUGUCUAAUUUAUUUUGAAGGAUAAUUAAUCCAUUUCUUUAUUGUUAACGUAGUCUUGAAUAUUGAGUGAGGACUGUUGCGAAUGGACGGAGAAGACGACGAAUUCUUUUCCGGAAAUCACUCGGACGAUGGCGGUGGUACCCCAGUACAAGACGAACACGCACCGGCAUCCGAUGGCGAAGAGGAUGCGAGAAGUGACGCACAUCAGUCGGAGGGGGGUCUGAGUGAGGGUGAAGGAGAUGCUCAAGCAGGACAGGCCAAUGGCAUUGGCAGCGCCUCGGAAAACGAAGACGCCAGAGGUCUGGGGGACAGCGACUCCGAAAAAGAUGUCGGCCACGACAGUGACUCUGAUAUGGAGGCUCCCAAACCCGCUGACAGCGAUUCUGAGCAGGAGGCUCCGAAACCAGCUAAUAGCGACUCCGAGGAUGAGGCUCCCAAACCUGUCGACAGUGACUCUGAGCCGGAGGCUCCCAAACCCGCCGAAAGCGACUCGGAGGAUGAGCCUCCAAAACCUGCUAAUAGUGACUCUGAGCCGGAGGCUCCCAAAUUCGCCGACAGCGACUCUGAGCAGGAAGCUCCCAAGCCCGCCGACAGUGAUGCCGAAGAGGAAGCCGGGCCCAAGCAGGGAGGGAGUGCCUCUGAAAAUGAGGAGCAGACCAAACCUAUCAGAGGACACUCGGACGCAGGCAGCAACUCUGAAAACGACACCCCCAAACAAAGGAGGCAGUUGGAGUCAGACGAGGACGAUGGGGUGCAGGAGAAAGACCAGGGAAACUGGAAGGGAGUGAUGCACUCGGACAGCGAGGAGGAGGGAGGCCCGGCACGGGCAGGAGGUAGCGACCAACCGGAGGGUGGGAAACGGCAGCAGCUGGACGACAGUGAAGAGGAGAAACCAGUUAAGAGAAAGAAAGCUAUUCUCUCAGACAGUGAGGAUGACGAUGAAAAAGAUGCUCCAGUCACGAAGAAGAGUCGUGCUUUGGUGGAUGCAGAAAACUCAGACAGCGACGCUGCUUCUGGUUCUCCGGAUAAAUCGCUGGCUGCUAAACUGCGGGAGCUGGGCUCAGACAGCGAGGAAGAGGACGACAGGACGAAGGGUGAUGAGGGGAAGAAGGAUGAAAAGAACCUGUUUGGCAGUGACAGUGAUUCUGACGAUGAGGAAGAGAAAAUGAUUGCUGAUAUCUUUGGGGAGUCGGGAGAUGAGGAGGAGGAAGAGUUCACAGGUUUCAAUCAAGCAGACCUGGAGGGAGACCGGAGCCAAUCGGAGUCCUCUGCCAAGAAGCAGGUAGCAGAGGAUACUGACUCCGAUGAUGACAUUGACAGGAGUGGAAAAGACACCAGCUUCAUGUCGGACUUUGACGUGAUGUUGGCGCGGAAGAAGGCCCAGAGCGGCAGGCGGCGGAGGAACCGCGACGGCGGCACGUUCAUCAGCGACGCGGACGACGUGGUCAGCGCCAUGAUCAUCAAGAUGACCGAGGCCGCGGAGGAGGACAGAACCCUGAACAGCCAGAAGAAACCAGCCCUAAAAAAGCUGACUCUGUUGCCCACCGUGGUAAUGCACCUAAAGAAGCAGGACCUGAAGGAGACGUUCAUCGACAGUGGAGUGAUGUCGGCCAUUAAAGAGUGGAUAAGCCCGUUACCAGACAAGAGCCUUCCAGCGCUCAAGAUCAGGGAGGAACUCCUGAAGAUCCUACAGGAGCUCCCCAGCGUCAGUCAGGAGACUCUGAAGCACAGCGGAAUCGGCCGAGCCGUCAUGUUCCUGUACAAACACCCCAAAGAAUCCCGUCCCAACAAAGACGUCGCCCUCAAACUAAUCAAUGAAUGGUCACGACCCAUCUUCGGCUUGACCUCCAACUACAAGGGCAUGACCCGGGAGGAGCGGCAACAGAGAGACCUGGACCAGCAGGUUCCCCCUCGCCGCCGACUCAGUGAGCAGCCCAAGGUGGAGAGGUCUGAGGAGCCCGACGUCUUCUCCUCUCCCACCAGCUCCGGGGGCCAGACUCCACGCAGGGACCUGGAGAAGGUGCUGACGGGAGAAGAGAAGGCUCUCCGCCCCGGUGACCCCGGGUUCUGUGCUCGUGCCAGGGUGCCCAUGCCCUCCAACAAGGACUACGUGGUGCGGCCCAAAUGGAACGUGGAUGGAGACACGAAUCGGGGACCCAUGAAGAAGGGAAUGUCUCGGGUGGACAAACAGAUGCGCCGAUUCGCCGAUAUCAGGCGACUAACCAAGACGGGUCAUGCAGUGAAGAUCAGCGUGGAAGGCAACCGCAUGCCCCUCUGAUUUUAAACGCAUCUUGUUUUUUUGUUUUGUUUCUUGUUUUGUUUAAUUUUUUUUACCUAGUCUCCGACUUCCCCACACCCCACGUCAGCUCUGCCGUGACCCAGCGCUGUUGUCUGGUGAAUAAUGAUGUUUAGCUUUUCAAGCUGAAGUCCGAAAUGCUGUAUAUUCUGGCCUUCAGUUAGACAGGUGAUGUUCAUCCUACUUUUCUGAUAAUUCUGUACAGAAAUAAAAGUUCCAGUUUGUCUUCACUGUCAUAAUAAAGAGUUUUCUCAAUUUUA